AUGGAAGUGAAAGAACGCCGACCAUACCGCUCGCUGACUUCGGCCCGUCAGGAGCCCCCCGAGAGGCGCUACACAAGCUCGUCGGCCGACAGCGAGGACGGCAAAGCCCAUCCGAGGUCCUACAGCUCCACCGAGACACUCAAGGCCUUCGACCACGACGCUCGCAUGGCAUACGGGAGCCGUGUCAAGGAGAUGGUGCACCACGAGGUGGACGAGUUUGGGCGGCCAGGUACGGAUUUCUCCCUGCGAGACCUCGGCUUCGGGGACGCCCUUCAGUCCGCCCACCACGCCGUGUCCUACCGGGGCGAGAUGGGCAUGCCGCACCGCGAAUACUCGGUCAGCGUGGGCUCCGACGCCGACACAGAGACGGACGGGAUCGUUUCUCCGGAACACGCCAUCCGGCUGUGGGGCCGCAGCGGAGGUGCCGGCAACCCGAAGUCGGGCCGAAGCUCAUGUCUCUCGAGUCGGGCCAACUCUAAUCUGACGCUGACUGACACGGAACAUGAAAACACAGAGAAUGGUCCUCCGCUGCUUUGUUCCUCCGCCUCCUCCUCCCCUGUUGAGCAGCUCCCGUACCCUCCCCCUUGUGUCGCGGCCAAUCACGGCCAGGGGGGGUUGCUAGGUAACAGUGCGGCUCAGCCAGCCCGGGACUCGGAGUCGGAGGAUGAGUUUGGCCCCGGUUCAUUCUUAGUUAAAGCCGGCUCGGGGAACUUGUACGCCGCUGCUGCUGACGACGCCGUCUUUCAGAACCACCCGCGGCUCCGAACACCCCCUUUGCCGCUGUCCCACUCUCACUCACCCAACCACCUUCAGCACCAUGCCGCCUCCAUCAACUCCUUGAACCGGGGCAACUACACGCCGCGGAGCAACAACAGCCCGGCGCCCACUGACGGCGGCUCAUCCGCACUCCCUGACGGCCCCGCGAGCGGUGGUGCACCCGAUGCGGGCGGAGCCCAGGACAACUGGCUGCUCAACAGCAACAUCCCGCUGGAGACUAGGAGCCAGAAUACUCUAAUGUUUAUUAGAGAGGAGCAAGACUCUUGCAGAGAAGGGCAGGGCUCAUACAAAACCAGAAACAUUGCAAAGCAGGCAUUCCUUGAGACUUUACAGGACAACCUCAUUGAGAUGGACAUACUGGCGUCCUCUCGCCGCGACGCUGCCUAUAAUGACGGGCACUUCCUGUUCAAGCCAGGCGGAACUUCGCCCAUGUAUUGCACCACUUCGCCCGGGUACCCGCUGACCUCCAGCACAGUGUACUCGCCGCCUCCGCGCCCCCUGCCGCGAAACACCUUCUCUCGGCCCGCUUUCAACCUGAAAAAGCCCUACAAGCACUGCAACUGGAAAUGCGCCGCCCUAAGCGCUAUCCUGGUCUCUGUCACACUGCUGUUCCUGCUGGCGUACUUCAUCGCCAUGCACCUUUUAGGGCUAAACUGGCACCUGAAACCCACGCAGCGGCAGUUGUUCCACGUGACGGACGACAAUACGAGUGGCCCGCCAUUUCCUACCGACCUGACCUUGAGGCCGCUGGGCAACUCGGGCUCGGAGGUACCUGAUCGAAGGGGCAAAGACGACAGCAAAUUGGACAGCUCGUUCCUGGACGACAGCAACAUCGACAUGGGCGAGAUCGACGUGGGCCGUAAAGUCGCUCAGCAGAUCCCGCCCGGUGUCUUUUGGAGGUCGCAAAUCUUCGUGGACCACCCCAUGUAUCUCAAGUUCAACGUGUCGCUCAGCAAAGACGCCUUAGUGGGGAUCUACGGGAGGAGGGGCUUGCCCCCGUCUCACACGCAGUUUGACUUUGUGGAGCUCCUGGACGGCCGGCGGCUACUAGUUCGAGGACCCCCGGGGCUGGAGGGGCCAGCCGCCCUGCAGCGGAGCCCGGCGCUGUUAGCCACGCACGACACAGGGUUUAUCCAGUACAUGGAGUCCGGCAUCUGGCACCUGGCUGUCUACAACGACGGGAAAGAUACGGAAACUGUUUCGUUUCUCACUACUGCCAUUGAUUCCGUCGACGAGUGCCCCAGCAGCUGCUUCGGGAACGGCGACUGCGUGGCCGGAACGUGCCACUGCUUCCUAGGAUUUAAAGGCCCCGAUUGCGGGCGAGCCGCGUGUCCGGUGCUGUGCAGCGGCAACGGUCAAUACCUGAAAGGUCGCUGCAUGUGUCACAGUGGCUGGAAGGGUUCGGAGUGUGACGUCCCCACCAACCAGUGUGUUGACGUCACGUGCAGCCACCACGGCACCUGCAUCGUUGGCACCUGCAUCUGUAAUCCAGGUUACAAAGGGGAGAACUGCGAGGAAGUGGACUGCCUGGACCCCACGUGUUCUGGCCGUGGGGUUUGCGUCCAGGGCGAGUGCCACUGCUUCGUGGGCUGGGGCGGCCAAGGCUGCGAGAGCCCGCGGGCCUCUUGCACGGACCAGUGCUCCGGUCACGGCGCCUUCCUCGCCGACACGGGCUCGUGCAGCUGCGACGCCAACUGGACCGGCCACGACUGCUCUACAGAGAUUUGCGCGGCCGACUGCGGCGGCCACGGUGUCUGCGCGUCGGGCACCUGUCGCUGCGACGAUGGCUGGACGGGCGCCGGGUGCGAGCAGAGGGCGUGUCACCCGCGUUGCAACGAGCACGGCACCUGCAAGGACGGCAAAUGCGAAUGCAGUCCCGGCUGGAACGGAGAACACUGCACCAUCGCUCACUAUCUGGAUAGGGUAGUGAAAGAGGGUUGUCCUGGCCUGUGCAACGGUAACGGCAGAUGUACCCUGGGUUCCGGCGGCUGGUACUGCGUUUGCCAGCUGGGCUGGAGGGGCAGCGGUUGCGACACCUCCAUGGAGACGGCGUGCGGCGACGUCAAGGACAACGAUGGAGACGGCCUCAUGGAUUGCAUGGAUCCGGACUGCUGUCUCCAGUCAAGUUGUCACAGUACCUCGCUGUGCGUGGGCUCACCGGACCCCCUGGACAUCAUCCAGGAGACGCAGCUGUCGGCGGGUGAGCGGGGCAAGUCGCAGAGCUUCUACGAUCGCGUUCGCUUCCUGGUGGGCCGCGAGAGCACCCACGUGGUGCGUGGCCCCAGCCCCUUCGACGCCAAGCACGCUUGCGUCAUCCGUGGACAAGUGGUGACCUCGGACGGAACGCCGUUGGUGGGCGUCAACAUCAGCUUCAUCAACAAACCGGCGUUCGGGUACACCGUCACCAGGCAGGAUGGAAGUUUCGACUUGGUGACGGACGGAGGCAUCGCCGUGGCCCUGCACUUUAAGCGCGCCCCCUUCAUCACACAGGAGCACACCCUUUGGCUGCCGUGGGGCCGCUUCUUCGUCAUGGACACGGUGGUCAUGCGCCACGAGGAGAACGACAUCCCCGGCUGCGACCUCAGCAGCUUCGCCCGACCCGGCCCUAUCGUCACGCCUGCGCCGCUCACCGCCUUUGCCGGCUCCUGCGCCGAGAGGGGGACGGUGGUGCCUGAAAUCCAGACAUUGCAGGAGGACGUCCUCAUCCCUGGUACCGACAUGAAGCUGAGCUACCUGAGCAGCAGGACGGCGGGCUACAAGUCUAUCCUGAGGGUGACCCUGACGCACAUGACCAUCCCGUUUAACCUGAUGAAGGUGCACCUGAUGGUAGCGGUGGAGGGCCGACUCUUUAGGAAGUGGUUCCCCGCCGGGCCCAACUUGCUGUAUGACUUUGUAUGGGACAAGACCGAUGUCUACGGCCAGAAGGUCUACGGCCUGUCCGAAGCUUUUGUCUCUGUGGGUUUCGAGUAUGAAUCAUGUCCUGACCUGAUCUUGUGGGAGAAGAGGACGGCUGUUCUUCAGGGCUAUGAGAGCUCGGCCUCCAAACUGGGCGGUUGGACUGUCGACAAGCACCACGCUUUGAACAUACAGAGCGGUAUUCUUCACAUGGGCAACGGAGAGAACAUUUUUAUCUCGCAACAACCGCCCGUCAUCGGCAGCGUGAUGGGCAACGGUCGGCGCCGAAGCAUCUCCUGCCCCAGCUGCAACGGCAUGGCCGACGGCAACAAGCUGCUGGCCCCGGUGGCGCUGGCGUGCGGGUCUGACGGGAGCCUCUACGUGGGCGACUUCAACUACGUGCGGCGGAUCUACGCCACGGGCAAUGUCACUAGCGUGUUGGAGCUCAGAAAUAAAGACUUCCGGCAUAGCAACAGUCCGGCCCACAAGUACUACUUGGCCAGCAGCCCAGUGAACGGCGCCGUGUACCUGUCGGACACCAGCAGCCGCAAAGUCUUCAAGGUCAAGUCCUUGAACGCGCCCAAGGACGUUGCCAAGAACGUGGAGGUGGUGGCCGGCACCGGAGAUCAGUGCUUGCCAUACGAUGACGCCCGCUGUGGGGACGGGGGCAAAGCGACCGAGGCCACGCUGACCAAUCCGAGAGGCAUCACGGUAGACAAAUACGGAAUCAUCUUUUUCGUGGACGGCACCAUGAUUCGUCGGGUGGACCAGAACGGCGUCAUCUCCACCCUCCUUGGCUUCAACGACCUCACCUCCGCCCGACCCCUAAGCUGCGACUCGGUCAUGGACAUCUCUCAGGUCCGACUGGAAUGGCCCACAGACCUUGCAGUCAGCCCCCUGGACAACUCUCUGUACGUUCUGGACAACAACGUGGUGCUCCAGAUCUCCGAGAACCACCAAGUGCGCAUCGUGGCGGGCAGGCCCAUGCACUGCCAAGUUCCAGGCAUCGAUCACUUCCUCAUGAGCAAGGUGGCCAUCCACGCAACGCUGGAGUCAGCCAACACGCUUGCUGUGUCCCACACCGGCGUGCUGUACAUCGCCGAGUCAGAUGAGAAGAAGAUCAACCGGGUGCGGCAGGUGUCCACCAACGGAGAGAUCUCCCUGGUGGCGGGGGCGCCGAGUGGUUGCGACUGCAAGAACGACGCCAAUUGCGAUUGUUACUCCGGAGACGAGGGCUAUGCUAAGGAUGCCAAGCUAAACGCGCCAUCCUCCUUGGCCGUCUGCCCGGACGGAGAGCUUUACAUCGCUGACUUGGGCAAUAUCCGCAUCCGCUACGUGCGUAAGAACAAGCCUUACCUGAGUCCCCUCAACAUGUACGAAGUGUCGUCGCCCAUCAACGACGAACUCUACCUCUUCGACGCCAACGGUAGCCACGUGUUCACUCAAAGCCUGACCACUGGUGACCACCUGUACAACCUGACGUACACGGGAGCAGGUGACUUGAGCACUAUCACGGACAAGAAUAAGAACGUGGUGACCGUCAGAAGGGACACCACCGGGAUGCCCCUGUGGAUCAUGGCGCCCGACGGGCAGACCUUUUGGUUCACCAUGGGCACCAACAGCGCCCUGAAAAGUGUGGCGGCACAGGGCCAGGUGCUCGCUGUCAUGACGUACCACGGGAGCUCUGGCCUGCUUGCCACCAAAACCAACGAGGACGGGUGGACCACCUUCUUUGAGUACGACAGUUUCGGCCGUCUGACCAACGUCACUCACCCAACAGGCCGCGUGAGUAGCUACCGCUCAGACACUGACAGCGCCGUCCAUGUCCAGGCAGAGGGCGCCGCCAAGGAAGACGUGACGGUCACUACCAACCUGUCGGCCUCGGGCACCUUCUACACGCUCAUGCAGGAUCAAGUACGCAACAGCUACUUCAUCGGCCUGGAUGGCUCCUUGCGGCUGGCCUUGGCGAACGGCAUGGAGGUGUCUCUACACACAGAACCCCAUCUGUUAGCCGGUACGGUUCACCCCACAGUUAGCAAGCGCAACAUCACGCUAGCCUUGGACAACGGCCUCAACCUGGUGGAGUGGAGACAACGGAAGGAGCAGGCUCGGGGUCAGGUCACCGUCUACGGACGCAGGCUACGGGUUCAUAACAGAAACUUGUUGUCGCUGGACUUCGAUCGAAUCACCAGGACUGAAAAGGUCUACGAUGACCACAGGAAAUUUACGCUGCGAAUCCAUUACGACCAUGCCGGGCGGCCCACUCUCUGGGCCCCGAGCAGCCGACUGAAUGGAGUCAACGUGACCUACUCUGCCGGGGGACACGUUGCGGGCAUUCAGAGAGGCACCAUGUCGGUACGCAUGGACUACGACCAUAAAGGCAGGAUCACCUCCAAGAUGUUUGCAGAUGGCAAAUCAUGGAGCUACACUUAUCUAGAGAAGUCUAUGGUGCUGCUACUCUACAGCCAGAGACAGUACAUCUUCGAAUUCGACAAGAAUGACCGUCUCUCAUCUGUGACCAUGCCCAACGUGGCGCGUCAGACCCUGGAGACGGCGCUCUCCAUCGGCUACUACAGAAACACAUACCGGCCUCCCGAGGGUAACGCCUCAGUGUUGCAGGACUACAGCGAGGAAGGCCAAUUGCUGCAGACCACCUACCUCGGCACGGGCCGUCGGAUUAUCUACAAGUACGGAAAACUGUCCAAACUUCUAGAGAUUCUUUACGACACAACCCGCAUCGGCUUCUCCUACGACGAGGUGGCCGGUAUGCUCAAGACGGUCAACCUGCAAAGCGAGGGCUUUACCUGCACCAUCCGCUACCGCCAGAUCGGGCCACUGAUUGACCGUCAGAUUUUCCGCUUCAGCGAAGAGGGCAUGGUCAAUGCCCGAUUUGACUACGUCUAUGACAACAGCUUCCGCGUCACCAGCAUGCAGGCGGUCAUCAAUGAAACGCCGCUGCCUAUUGACCUGUACCGCUACGAUGACGUUUCGGGCAAGGCGGAACAGUUUGGAAAGUUUGGCGUCAUCUACUAUGACAUCAAUCAGAUCAUCACCACAGCAGUUAUGACACACACCAAACACUUUGACGCUUAUGGUCGCGUGAAAGAGGUGCAGUAUGAAAUCUUCCGCUCCCUCAUGUACUGGAUGAUGGUGCAGUACGACAACAUGGGUCGCGUGGUUGCCAAGGAACUGAAGGUGGGACCUUAUGCAAACACCACGCGCUACACGUACGAGUACGACUCGGAUGGCCAACUCCAGGUGGUCUCCAUCAACGACAAGCCUCUGUGGCGCUACAGUUACGACCUCAACGGCAACCUGCACCUUCUGAGCCCGGGCAACAGCGCUCGCUUAACUCCAUUACGUUACGACAUCAGGGACCGUAUAACUCGCUUGGGGGAUGUCCAGUACAGGAUGGAUGAAGACGGUUUUCUCCGGCAGAGAGGCAAUGACUACUUUGACUAUAACUCGGCCGGACUUCUAGUGAAGGUGUACAACAAAGCGAGCGGCUGGAAUAUCCGCUACCGCUACGACGGCUUGGGCCGGAGGGUGUCCAGCCGGAGCAGCGUGGGCCACUACCUGCAGUUCUUCUACGCAGAUUUAUCCAGCCCUACGCGGAUCACCCAUAUGUACAACCAUACAAGCUCUGAGAUCACGUCGCUGUACUACGACCUACAGGGCCAUCUGUUCGCCAUGGAGCUGAGCAGCGGCGAUGAGUUCUACGUAGCCUGUGACAACAUCGGCACACCUCUGGCCGUCUUCAGCGGCUCGGGCCACAUGAUCAAGCAGGUGCUCCACACAGCGUUCGGUGAGGUCUACCUGGACACCAACCCCAGCUUCCAGGUCAUCAUCGGCUAUCAGGGUGGUCUGUAUGAACCCCUCACCAGACUGGUGCACAUGGGUCGCAGGGACUACGACGUCUUGGCCGGGCGCUGGACCACGCCUGACCAUGAUGUUUGGAAACGUCUCAACAGCGGCCACAUUGUGCCGUUCAACUUGUACAUGUUCAAAAACAACAACCCGCUCAGCAACAACGAAGAGAUCAAAUGUUACAUGACGGACGUCCACAGUUGGCUGGUGACCUUCGGCUUCCAGCUGUACAACGUCAUCCCCGGCUACCGCAAGCCAAACACGGACACGGUGGAGCCGUCCUACGAACUGCUCCGAACGCAGAUCAAGACCCAGGAGUGGGACAGCACCAAGUCGCUGCUGGGUGUUCAGUGUGAAGUUCAGCGUCAGUUGAAAGCCUUCGUGAAGUUGGAGCGCUUCGGCCAGAUCUACGAUGCCAAAAGCGCCGGCUGCCCCCAGACUGAGCCCAAAACGGCAUUUGCCUCGGCGGGCUCCAUCUUUGGCAAGGGCGUCAAGUUCUCCAUCCGCGACGGCCGCAUCAGCACGGACAUCAUCAGCCUGGCUAACGAGGACGGGCGUCGCAUGGCCGCCGUGCUGAACGACGCCUUCUACCUGGAAGCGCUUCGCUACACGAUCGCCGGCGUGGACACGCACCACUUCGUCAAGCUGGGCUCGGUGGAGGGCGACCUGGGCCUCAUCGGCAUGGCGGUGGGCCGCCGCACGCUGGAGAACGGCGUCAACGUGACGGUGUCGCAGGUCAACGCCGUGCUCAACGGCCGCACUCGCCGUAUCACCGACAUCCAGCUGCAGUACGGUGCGCUUAGCCUCAACACGCGAUACGGCAGCAGCGUGGACGAAGAGAAGGCACGGCUGCUGGAGGCGGCGCGUCAGCGGGCCGUGGCGCAGGCGUGGGCCCGAGAACGCCAGAGACUACGCGACGGCGAAGAGGGCUCGCGCACCUGGACCGAGGGCGAGAAGCAGCAGCUGCUGGGCUCGGGGAAAGUGCAGGGCUACGACGGCUUCUACGUGGUGUCGGCCGAGCAGUACCCCGAGCUGGCCGACAGCGUCAACAACGUCCACUUCAUGAGACAGAGCGAAAUGGGCCGCAGGUGA